UUUCUGUCUUGCAGUCACUUUACACUCUAGUCCGGAACGAUUUGUUAAAUAACUUACUAAAUUUAUUAAUAUAUUAGGUUUAUUCACUUGAGCAAUGAUGGUUUGUGUGAAGAUGAGGAUAAAAUAUGAGAAAAGCAGAGUAAUAAUGUCGUUUUUAUGAAUUUUUGGUAUUUAACACGAGACAUCUGAUUGAUUGUCAUGAAGGGCGAUUUGUAUUGCAAUUUUAAAAGACGUUGAUAUUUUAUAAAUUCUGUGAAACUUACAUGAAAAUGAUGGAAGAUUAUGUCAGGAAGCUUGACGUGAAAGGUAUCCAAAAAGCCUUACAGAAUGGCACAAGAGUAGACGCAGACCUCAAUGGAAAGGGGUUGACGGCACUUCACUUGGCAGGUGCCUUGACGGAUGAGGCUGAUUGCAUUACCAUAGCUGAGGUUUUGCUGUCAAACGGGGCAAACCCAAACAUCCAGAACAAUUAUGGCCAAUCCAGCUUACAUGUGGCUGCCUCUCAUGGAUACUGCCGCCUGUUGGAGCUCCUCUUGGUCAAUGGCGGUGACCCUUUGCUUGGGGACAUCACUGGACGCUCCCCCGUUGACUAUGCCCAUGAGAAACAGCAGACAGAGGUCGUUGAACAGCUAAACAAACUCCUUGACUCAGAGAACUAUGAACGCCCACAAGAAAACAAUGAGAAAUUCGUCAUGGCUUUCUCCACAUCACUGGUAAUUCCCCACCGGCAGCCAGAUGAGGAGCACGGUGUGGUAAAAUCACAAACUCAACUUAACUUCCUCUCCUACGACUGUACUCUAUACCUCCCAUCAUUCUCUGUUAAUCUCUCGCAUCACGAGUGCGUCUGUUCAGUCGGAAUCUCAAGUCAGUCCUCCACUCCUUCGCGUGAGUUGCAUCUCUCGUCUGAUGCAUCUGUGCGACUGCGCUCUCUCGGCAGUACGAGUGUCGGCGUCCCGGGCGAUCGGAGUCAACACCCUCUCUACGAGUCCGCCGGCCCAGCGGCGCACUCUCCAACCGCUAUGCUCGGGGCGCAGGGUGACAUCGGAGGGCCUAAGCUGCCUCUCGCCCUCCUGCAGGAAGAUCUGGAGCGUCCGCCACAAGAGAUGCGUUCCCAGGCGCCUUCGCUCAGCCCAUCGCCAGGUGCUUGGCAGUCCAUAGAAGGUGCCCUGGAUGCUGCUCUUGAUGGCCUCAUAAAGGUGGUACAUCUGCGGAUUCUUCCUGAUCCGCAUGAGGUGUCUCUGGUAGACUCGGUGGGUCCCAGCUGUAAUGGGUCCUGGGGUGUAGCCUACUGCCUUGAGACGUGCACGGAGGAUGUCAAUAAAUAUAAACCUGCAAGAGUAGACAUCCCCCAUAAGUCUUACCAAAAUGGACGUUUGCUUUGUCUGUGGAGGUUGAAGCACCUCGGUGAUUUCCUGCUUUAUCAGACUCCUCGGACUACCAAAUUGACUGCCAGAACUACUAGUGGAGGGUGCUCCCUUGCCCACAAGCCCUUGGUGGGAUCGUGGAGUGCUAGGGACGGAUGUAUGGGACCUCUUUCCUUGGCGCUUUUACAAGGUUCACAGUCUGGCACUGGUCUGGCUUGGAAGUGUUGCGAGGGCGGUGGUAAUAAUGGGUCUGCUUCUAGGACUGUAUCAUUUUCUAUACCUAAUGAGUUGAGUGUGAUGCAGCCUUCCUGUGAGAGACACAUCCCAUUUCCUGAGAUGCAAAGGACGAGGCACGGCAGAAGGAUCUGCUGGCUUCAUUUAAGUUCUUCUCUAGGCACCUCUGCAAAGAGACUAUAUCACUGUCACUGUCGCUGUCAUGCUGGUAUUUUUGAAUGGUCUGCUUCAGCUUCUUCAAGAAAUCUGGACAGUGGAUUCUGGAUGGCCCACUGUCAUUUAGUUUUGGCUCCUGGGGAGUUGACUUCCAACCAUCUUCAUCCGUGUCUAUCUGGUGUUGCUCGAAGGAUCAGAAGUGUCAUGUCUGUCAGAGAUUUUCCUGGUUCACAGCAAAUAUGUUUUGAUAAUGAAAAAAAGAAGUCUGAAGACAGGAAAUUAGGUUCCAACUGCAAAAAGGAUUCCACGUAUAACAAAUAUUCUGUGAAUGAUUUGUUCAUGGAGGAAUCAUUUAGCACGAGAUAUAGUCAAUUUUUAAGAGACCUCGAGAACUACGAGCAACACCAGAUAGACACGGAUGAAGAUGGUUGGAAGUCAACUCCCCAGGAGCCAAAACUAAAUGACAGUGGGCCAUCCAGAAUCCACUGUCCAGAUUUCUUGAAGAAGCUGAAGCAGACCAUUCAAAAAUACCAGCAUGACAGCGACAGUGACAGUGAUAUAGUCUCUUUGCAGAGGUGCCUAGAGAAGAACUUAAAUGAAGCCAGCAGAUCCUUCUGCCGUGCCUCGUCCUUUGCAUCUUUCACGAGUGAAGACAGUCAGGAUUUGUCUUCUGAGCAGACUCUUAAUGAGCUUGACAUAGCCCAGCUUACAAUUGACCUAACAGAUAACCUAUCAUUCUUAACAGAUGACUUGUUUGAGGCUAUUUAUGUCCCACCUAACAAAUCAAUUAGUGUUUUGGAGAAGUCUCACAAUUUGACCUCAGGAAAUGGGAUAUGUCUCUCACAGGAAGGCUGCAUCACACUCAACUCAUUAGGUAUAGAAAAUGAUACAGUCCUAGAAGCAGACUGCGAUGACACUCUUACAGAUAGCGUGAUUAUUGUGGCAGAGAAGAACCAAAAUAAUCUCAGAGGUCAUGGAGAUUCAGUCGCUGGAAGAAAGCCCGAGAAGGACAUCAAAUGCAUUGAUGAGAAAUUGAAAGAAUACCCCAUUAUUACCACCGCCCCUCGCAACACUUCCAAGCCAGACCAGUGCCAGACUGUGAACCUUGUAAAAGCGCCAAGGAAAGAGGUCCCAUACCUUGAAAGGUGUGCAAGGGACAAGCCUCUAUUAAGAGACCCUACAUCCAAGCUCUUUGAUGGACUGACCAAGACUCUAACUCCAAAAGGCAAAAUUUCCGGCACAAACCCUCCUACCACCACUUUCUCCUCCCCUAAAAGAGUCGGUCAGCUCACAUCCGUCCCUAGCACUCCACGAUCCCACCAAGGGCUUGUGGGCAAGGGAGCACCCUCCACCAGUAGUUCCUGUCAGUCGUUCUUCAGCGUUGUGGAAGAGUUUCUCUACAAAGAUCCUGAGGCUGGUAUUGCACUUAUCGAAAGACGCUGCCCAUCGUCAUCUUCCAUCGCAAGCACUGGCAGUCAAUUUGGUAGUCUACCGAGGAGUCUGAUACAAAGCAGGAAAAUCACCGAGGUGCUUCAACCUCCACAAGACAAAGCAAACAUCCAUUUUGAAGAGAGCUUAAAUUCCAUUGGAACGGUGACAGAUAGCAUCAAGGCUCUAUCAGCUGAGACCCUCCGUGCACGUCUCAAGGCAGUAGGCUACACCCCAGGACCCAUUACAGCUGGGACCCACCGAGUCUACCAGAGACACCUCAUGCGGAUCAGGAAGAAUCCGCAGAUGCUGGAAGAGGAAAAUGCAGAUAGCGCAAAACCUUCCUAUCCACGUGAGCUGAAAAUGGCUCUGGAGGACCCGUCUUCUGUCGAUUGGAUCUCAUGGGGUUCCUUAGAAAGAGUCAUGAGCUCGCCCUUCUGUCAGCCAGACCCCAUGCGACACUGGAGGGAUGGGACCACCAAGUCCUGCUUCAAUUACCUGCUUUUGGACCCCAGGAUAACACAGGAUCUACCUCUGAGGGGACUGAUGAUGACAGAUGCGGAGAAGUUUCAAUGCUUCAUCUCUGCCAUCUUCUACAUCGGCAAAGGAUCGAGGGGCAGGCCUUACUACCACCUUUAUGAAGCCAUCAAGAGCCUGGAAAAUGGCAAAAAGAAAAAUAAGAAGAUCGAGCGAAUCCACGACAUAUGGUCUGAAGGCGUUGGCGUGAUCUCUUUGCACGUCUUCCAGAACACCAUUCCAGUUGAAGCUUGGACAAGAGAAGCGGCAAUGAUAACGGCCAUAGGUGAGAAAAUGGAGAAUAAAAAAGGAAGAAAAAGAAGGAAAUUAAGACAGAUAAGAGGAUGA